GCCCAGCCAAACCGUCUCCUCCCUCCUCGAAGACACCUUCAAAUUUGCAGUUGAAGCUUCCGUUUUUCUACUGCGUUCAUCAUCUACAGGCACCUGCUAUCUCUCUCUCUCUCUCUCUCUCUCUCUCUCUAGUCUUCAGGCAUUCGGCGGAGGAAGACCGAGUGCCGCGCCGGAUCUGGUGUUUUCCGGCGACAUUUUCGGGCCGCCACUUCAUGGAAGCUCACGGCGCCGGUCUCCGCCGUGUGUUGGUCCUGGCAUUAUGCGUUGCUGGAAUCUGGUCCGCCUAUAUUUAUCAAGGAGUUCUGCAAGAGACUCUGUCCACCAAACGUUUUGGUCCAGAUGGGAAGAGAUUUGAGCACCUUUCCUUUCUGAACUUGGCUCAAAAUGUGGUCUGUUUAAUCUGGUCAUAUAUAAUGAUAAAAAUUUGGUCUAGAAGUGGUUCUGGAGGGGCUCCAUUGUGGGCUUUUUGGAGCCCUGGAAUUACAAACACUAUUGGUCCUGCUAUGGGAAUUGAAGCGCUGAAGUACAUCAGUUACCCUGCCCAGGUCCUGGCAAAAUCAUCAAAGAUGAUUCCAGUGAUGCUGAUGGGUACUCUAGUUUAUGGUAUACGAUAUGCUUUACCUGAGUACAUAUGCUCUUUCCUCGUGGCCGGUGGAGUUUCUACCUUUGCUUUAUUAAAGACCAGCUCGAAAACUAUCAGCAAGUUGGCACAUCCCAAUGCCCCUCUAGGAUAUCUUCUGUGUUUCCUCAAUCUUAUGUUUGAUGGAUUUACAAAUGCGACUCAGGAUUCGAUUACGGCAAGGUACCCAAAGACUAGUGCUUGGGACAUAAUGUUAGGAAUGAACCUUUGGGGUACCAUGUACAACCUAAUCUACAUGUUUGGCUGGCCACAAGGUAUUGGAUAUGAGGCCGUCCAGUUCUGCAAGCAGCAUCCUGAGGCCGCGUGGGACAUUUUCAUCUAUUGCCUCUGCGGUGCAGUGGGUCAGAAUUUUAUUUUCCUAACCAUUAGCCGAUUUGGCUCCCUCGCUAACACCACCAUCACCACUACCCGCAAGUUCGUGAGCAUAGUGGUGUCCUCGUUAUUAAGCGGCAACCCCUUGUCAACCAAACAAUGGGGUUGUGUUGUCAUGGUCUUCUCUGGAUUGUCAUACCAGAUCUUCCUCAAAUGGAGGAAAUUGCAGAGGAUGCAGAAGAAGAGGAAGGCCUUGUGAAUAAGGAUCUGUGACGACUCCUGGCCUUCAUAAUUAGCUCUUCCUGCGCCUCCCUAUUUACGACUUACUUUUUUGCUUGUAUAAUUGUGACCUGAAGUCCGACCAGAAAAAAAAAAAAAAAAUUGAGACCUGAAGGUCCGGUAGCUUCGAAUUUAGGCAAAAGGUAGCAUAUUGCUCAAUGUAAUAUUCAGUAGAUACUUUUACAAGGAGGAGAGAGUUUUGUCUUCAGAAUUGGCUUUUCUUUUGCUCCUUGCUCACUAAGACUUGUUCGCUUAUUGGAA